AAGGCAGCAUUCAUCCAUUUUGCCUAUAGCCUGCGCCUGCGCAGUCCUGUGUGUCUGACCUUCAUAGCAGUAACCAUGUUCGCCAGGACUAGCGCGUUGGUGUUCUCCCCACAAUGUGGGCAGGUCAGGAACAUGGCUACCUUGAAGGACAUCACCAUUCGGUUGAAGUCCAUCAAGAACAUCCAGAAAAUCACCAAGUCCAUGAAAAUGGUGGCUGCUGCCAAGUAUGCCCGCGCUGAGAGGCAGCUGAAGCCAUCCAGAAUCUACGGUGCUGGUGCUCUGGCCCUCUAUGAGAAGGCCAACAUCCAAGUGGAUGACGACAAGGUCAACAAGCAUUUGAUUAUUGGUGUGAGUUCCGACCGUGGACUCUGCGGGGCCGUCCACUCCAACGUGGGCAAGGCCAUUAAGAGCGAGAUCGCCACUAUGACCGAGGCUGGCAAGGAGGUCGUGGUGAUCAACGUGGGAGACAAGCUGAGAGCCCUGCUGGCCAGAACUCAUGCAAAACACGUCAUCCUAAGCUGCAAGGAGGUCGGCCGCAGGCCCCCCAGCUUUGGUGACGCCUCAAUCAUCGCCUCCGAGCUGCUCAACCUGGGAUAUGAAUUUGACAAAGGCACCGUCAUCUUCAACCGCUUCAAGUCUGUCAUCUCGUACAAGACGGACAAGAAGCCGUUGUUUACCACGGACACCGUUGCUAAUGCAGAGAGCAUGAGCGUCUAUGAUGACAUCGACGCCGACGUGCUGAGGAACUACCAGGAGUUCGCCAUGGUCAACAUCAUCUACCUGGCCAUGAAGGAGUCCACUACUGCCGAGCAGAGCGCCAGGAUGACUGCGAUGGACAGCGCCAGCAAGAACGCCUCUGAGAUGAUUGACAGGCUGACCCUCACCUUCAACCGCACCAGACAGGCCGUCAUCACCAAGGAGCUCAUUGAGAUCAUCUCUGGAGCCGCCGCUCUAUAAACGAGCCAGAUCUUCGUUUCCGAGCUCUUCAAAGUACUUCAGACGUGGUUGUCGACAGUCUAUGAACAUUUGUGCUUAUAUUUGUAACAUAUGGAGAAAAAUAAACCUCUUACAGAACCUU